AUGAGGAAGAUGAGGAGCGGUCUCUUUCACGCUGUGCAGGCAGAUUUGUCUGAGAAGACCGAGGUCAUCCGCCUCGUGGACGAGGCAGCUUCCGCUUCGGGGAAUCGGCUCGAUGUCAUCAUCUCCAACGUCGGCUGGACGCGAAUGUGGAAUUUCUCUGACCUCGAUGAUAACGUCGCCGAAGAAGAUUGGGAUCGAUGCUUUUCGGUCAACGUCAAAUCGCACCUGUGGCUCUUCCACGCCGCCAGGAAGUGGCUGGAAGAGAGCAACGCCCGCGAGGAGGGUGCGGCCGUGUUUGUGAGCACCGCGAGCAUCGCGGGAUGCAAGCCCAGCGGCAGUAGCUUGCCGUACGCCGUCACGAAAGCCGCCCAGAUCCACCUGAUGAAGAGCUUGGCCAUUAUCGCGGCCCCGAGCAUCCGAGUCAACUGCGUGUCACCAGGGGUUCUUCUAACGGACUGGGGACUAUCAUUCCCUCCCGAGCGGCUGGACGCAGUAAAGGAGCCAAACAAACUGAAGCGCUUUGCCGCCGUGGACGACGUAGCCCGGCAGGUCUUGACAUUUGUCACGUCAAGGACUGUCACUGGGCAGAAUGCCAUUAUAGACGCUGGCUUCUCCUUGUAA